UCUGGUACGUCAGUCCAGAAGCGUAGAGGUGGCUGCAGAAACAUUAUACAGGCAACGGAUUGAGCAAUAAAUAAGGCUACUUAAUAAUAUUUUAUUUCUUCAGCUAUACCGUAUUUGUCCUCAUAAGACGUCGAUAUUGACUAAGGGAGUUUAUUUCAGCAUCCCAUGUAACGGCUAACUCAGGAGGAUCAAUGUCUUUUCUUCGCUGGGUUACUGAGAAACUGAGUGUGGAGAGCCUCAGAGAUCUGGAGUUAUUUGGAGAGCAAGCUCAGGGACUCUCACACAGGAAACCCCAUGAAGAAAGUCAGGAGAGUCUGACCUCCCUGCCCCGUCGAGACACCAUGGGCUCAUACCUCCCAGACAGCAGCUCAUAUGAACUGCUAACUGUCAUUGGUAAGGGUUUGGACGACCUGAUGACUGUAAAUCUGGCGCGAUACAAACCCACCGGGGAACAUGUGGCCAUUCGUCGAAUCGACUUGGAGUCAUGCACUAAUGACAUGGUCACCUAUCUGCAGGGUGAAUUACACGUGUCAAAGUUGUUUCAUCACCCCAGUAUUCUACCAUACAAAAGCAUCUUUAUAGCUGAAAAUGAACUUUGGGUCAUCACACCAUUCAUGGCUUAUGGUUCAGCCCGAGAUCUCAUCUGCACACAUUUUUCGGAUGGUAUGAGUGAGCUGACCAUUGCAUACAUUUUGCUAGGCAUGCUUAAAGCACUCGAAUAUAUCCAUCACAUGGGAUAUGUACACAGGAGUGUGAAGGCCAGCCACGUCUUGAUAUCUUCUGAUGGACAGGUCUGCAUGUCGGGACUGCGGAGUAUUUUCAGCCUCAUCCGUAACGGUCAAAGGGCAAAAAUGGUUCAUGAUUUCCCUCAGUACAGUGUGAAAGUGCUACCUUGGCUCAGCCCUGAAGUGCUACAGCAGAACUUGCAAGGCUAUGAUUUUCGAUCAGAUAUUUAUAGCCUUGGCAUCACUGCCUGUGAAUUAGCCAAUGGACAUGUACCCUUCAAAGAUAUGCCGGCUACACAGAUGCUCCUGGAGAAACUGAAUGGAACUGUUCCCUGUUUGCUGGACACCACAACUAUCCCCCCAGAGGAGCUGUCACUCAAGCCAUCUCGCUCCGCUGCUGAUUCUGGCAUCUGUGAGGGCCCUAGAGCAGGAGGCCCAAGGCACUCAAACGGAGAUCCUUCUUCAUCUUCAGGAGGACAUCCGUAUAACAGAACAUUUUCUCCACAGUUUCACAGCUUUGUUGAGCUGUGUCUACAGCGAGACCCAGAAAAUAGACCAUCUGCUACCACUCUUAUCGGUCAUCCUUUCUUCAAACAGGUAGGUAAAAAUAUAAAACGUCGACCAUCAGAGGCGCUGCCUGAGCUGCUGCAACCGGUAUCACCCAUCACUUGUUUUGAGAGCUCAGGGCCACAGGACUCUGUUUCUGGACUGGCAAGUUUAGAGUCGGGUCUGAGCCAUCUGGACGUGGAGGACUGGGACUUCUGACAGGAAACCACUUAAAGGGAACACAAGCUAAGGAUUGUAUUGAAAAACUCACCUACUAGGAACUUCUGUUCUGUAAUGCUCCUCUGCAAGCAAGUUACAUGUUCAUUUAAAGGAAGUUGCUAUUCACAGACAAGUUAAAACUAGAGGUCACUCACCUCUUUUUGAUGUCUUGCUUAUGCUUUUCUUUGCUUCUAGAUAUGCACAGACUCAUGUUUUGCACUGAUGGCUUUAUGCAGAAACGGCUUUUUGGUGAACUACACCAAAAGCAUCCUGAUGCUAAAUAGGGACAUGUCGCUCAUGUCAUCUUGCAGUAAUCUUAUGGAUGUAGACGCAUGGAUUUGACUUGUUCAAGAACACUUACUUUGCAUAUUAUUGAUAACUCAAUCAGCUUACUCGCCACCAUAAGGCUUCACAGCGGUUUUCACAAGGGAAGCUCAUCAUUCUAUCCCAGAUUCAUGUUCUUGAGUAAACUGAUCAAACAGAAUGUUCACCUUCUUUAUGUUCUACACAUCAUAUGCUCAUAUGUUGCACAACUUUUCAAACUUUAGACAUAUGAGUUCUUUGGGUCCUACUCAUGUUAAACUGAAUGUUUUAUUGGUGCUUGUUUUGUCUGCAUGUAUAUUUAAAAGCAAAGACAAAACAAAAUGUGUCAAAUUAAAACCUGAACAACAGGCAGGGUGCAGAUUCAUCUCUCAAAAAACACUGAGACACACAGGAGCAGGAAAGCUUUUA